ACAUCGAUGGCUUGGGGAGCAGUGCAAUCGGUGGCCAGUUGAUGGCAUCUGCUUCAGCUCAAUCUCCGCUUUCCCAAAACCGGAAGACAGAUGAUUCCGUUGUUGCAGGAGUUGCUUUUGCCCGAUACCUUUUAAUUGGCUGUUGGAAAAACUUGAUUGACACUUUGUCCACACCACUGACCGGCCGCAUGGCGGGGAGCUCCAAGGGGCUGGCCUUCAUCUUGGGAGCAGAAGGAGCCAAGGAGCAGAACCAAAAGGAGAAGGACUCCAUCUGCGUGAGCCUGGAUGGACUGAGGAGAGCAGCCCGGCUGAGCUGUGCUCUAGGAGUUGCUGCUAAUUGUGCAUCUGCUCUUGCCCAAAUGGCUGCUGCUUCCUGUGUCCAAGAGGAGAAAGAAGAAAAAGAAAUCCAAGAGCCCAGUGAUACUAUAGCUCAAG